AGUUGCGAAUCCCCAGAUGCUAUUUCGGCUCCGAAAUCCCAGAAAACUACAACAAUCUGCAAAUCCAUGUCUUCUGUGACUCCAGCGAAGAAGCUUUCGCUUGUGCAGCCUACUUGCGUUUGGAAGUUAAAGAUGUAAUACAAGUGGUACUGAUCGGUUCAAAAACUAAAGUUGCCCCGUUGAAAACAGUAUCAAUACCUCGACUUGAACUGAAAGCUGCCGUCCUUGGUACUCGUCUGUUGGAAACUCUGCAGUCGUACCACAGCCUGCCGAUAUCACAGAGAUUUAUGUGGAGCGACUCGAGUACCGUAAUCUCCUGGAUUCGCUCCGACCAGCGUAGAUACCAUAAAUUCGUGGCCUUUCGCAUCGGUGAAAUUCUAACGGUAACCAGUCCCACGGAGUGGAGAUGGGUGCCGACUAAAUUAAACGUCGUGGACCAAGCAACGAAGUGGAACAAUGGCCCCCAGCUUUCAAUCGAGAACCCCUGGUUUCACGGACCAAGCUUCCUAUACGAACCCGAAGCUGCAUGGCCAGUACAGCGUUCAGUCAACCAAACAAAGGAAGAACUCCGUUCAAACAUCCUACUAUGUCAUCUCGCACCGCAGACGGACAUUCCGAUAGAAAUCUCUCGAUUCAACUCGUGGACAAAGCUUCAGCGAUCGGUGGCAUUUGUGUUUCGUUACGUGGACAAUUGCAGCCGAAAAAGGAAACAGGAAAGCAUGCAGCUGGGAGUACUCACUCAAACUGAACUGGAAAAAGCUGAGGAAUUGCUAUGGAAGAUUGCACAGAAGGAUGCCUUUCCAGAAGAAAUAUCCAUUCUUGUGCGAUCGCAAGGAACACCUGAGGAUCGACAUCGUACCGUUCAAAGAUCAAGCUGUAUCUACAAACUAUGGCCAUUCGUUGAUGGUCGUGGUAUCUUGAGGAUGCGUGGCAGGAUUAGUGCAGCUCCCUACACAUCGAAUGACACCAAGUUCCCAGUAGUUCUGCCCAAAAAUCAUCCAAUAACAUUUCUUGUCGUAGAUUGGUACCACCGCCGAUAUCGUCAUGCCAAUCGUGAGACAGUUGUCAACGAGAUUCGACAAAAGUUCGAAAUUUCGAAGCUAAGAUCGUUGGUCGACAAGGUUACAAAAAGUUGCCUUUGGUGUCGCGUCGCAAAGGCCACUCCACGGCCUCCCGCCAUGGCCACGCUGCCUGAGUUUCGACUUACUCCGUUUAUUAGAGCCUUUACGUUUGUCGGUCUCGACUACUUCGGACCAGUCUUCGUUAGGGUUGGUAGAAGCCUAGCUAAGCGGUGGGUUGCCGUCUUUACCUGCCUUACGAUUAGAGCAGUGCAUUUGGAAGUGGUACACACACUUAACACGGAGUCGUGUAUCAUGGCCGUGCGCCGUUUCGUGUCUCGUAGAGGCCCUCCGAGAGAAUUCUACACAGAUAACGGCACAUGUUUCCAAGGUGCAAGUCGAGAACUUAAGGAAGAAAUUGACAGAAGAAACGAAACACUGGCCUUGACCUUCACGAGUGCAGAAACCAGCUGGAAAUUCAUCCCACCUGCAGCACCACACAUGGGUGGGGCUUGGGAACGACUCGUUCGGUCGGUGAAAGUAGCGACAGGGGCAGUUCUAGACGCAGCUCGUAAGCCGGACGACGAGACUUUAGAGACUGUGCUGCUCGAAGCGGAGGCGAUGAUCAACUGUAGGCCGUUAACAUUUAUACCACUGGAGUCGGCUGAUCAAGAGGCUCUGACGCCUAAUCACUUCCUGCUAGGAAGUUCUUCCGGGGUUAAGAUUCAACCUACAGCUCCGGUAGAUAGGCGAUCUGUGUUAAGAAACAGUUGGAAGUUGGCGCAGUUCAUCACAGAGGAAUUUUGGAGACGGUGGAUAAAAGAGUAUCUACCAGUGAUUAGACGAAGAUGCAAGUGGUUUGAAGAAACGAGGGAUAUAGCAGUUGGUGACCUUGUAUUAGUGGUCGACGGCUCAGCAAGAAACCGAUGGUUACGGGGCCGCGUAGAACAAGUAUUUCCGGGUAAGGACGGGAGAGUUCGUCAAGCUUUGGUACGCACGGCAACGGGAGCUCUUCGACGACCAGCCGUUAAGCUAGCUAUUUUGGACGUCGCGAGUUCCUGCAAACCUGAUGUAACUGGUCCUGGAGCUCCAGAAGAUCACCAAGGUUUACGGGCGGGGGUAUGUGGCGACGGACCCCUCGUUGCGGCGGCGUGUGCUGAAUCAGCGUAAUUCGCAUGACGCAACGUCAGAUGACGUUGCACGUCAUAGUCUUCGACCUGACAGAACCGGGACAAAAACAUCGAGUAGAAGUGAAUUGGAUGAAAUCAAGAGCUAAAUUGAACUUAAUAUUAUAAAACUCUAUCGUGUUCUAAAUACGCAUUUGCGCCUAAAUUGGUGAUAUUUUUGAAAAUAAUACUUUGCUUAUCCUAUCAUUAAAACCUAAACAAACGACGUGAAUUCUGCCGACUCAUCAAUUGUAGCACUAUCGGUUUACCAAUAUUCUUAAAGCUAACAGCAACAGAAAAACUGCGUUUGCUCUUGAGACUUGGGAAACCCGUUACGUGUACCCGAACA